UACAAAUUUAGGCAGUAGACAUUUAGGUGACACCAGUUGACUGAAGUUGUAGAUUUUUUUAAAAUUAGAAAUCAGAUGCGACAUUUUGUGUUCCAUAGUUGAGGAAGAUAUUAUUGUUGUCAAUAUGGUUACGAUAAUUACUAGGUUAAACUCGCUUCUGCCACACAGUGACGCCGUAUAAGUUUUUAUUAUAAUUUCUCAGGACUCUAACAUUAGACUGUGCUAAAACUAUUUUAUCGACAAACGGUAAUUUCCUCACUGCGCGCAUCUGCUCUUUUUUUUUUUACCAAUAUUGACAAACAAUUUAUCAGCAACUUCAGUUCAGUUGAAAGGUAAGCUCAUAGGGCUUUUGAGCGAACACGGCCAAAAUUUACCAGUUACCCUAUUUCAUGCUGGCAGGCACUUACGAAAGAAAAUCUGUAAGUCAUAGGGCGUUUUGCCUUGCUGCUCGUAGACUGUCACCCGUUGUAACCUUAUGCAUUUCACAUUUCCUCUAUGACCCUGGGCUUGCCUCCAGUCACAUCUAUUGCACGAAGUACAGAGGGAAAAACAGUCUGUAACAUCCACAACGUAACAUGUGUGCACUUUGCAAAUGCAAGUUCCUCGAGUAAUGUUCUUCUGUCGAGCAAACAUCAGGAGUACCCGGUACUGGGUAUCGUAGUAUCUUUUUUUUUUGAUCACUGAAGAUAGUAGCCAUGUGUUUAAGAAGGAAAUAGCAGUGUAGCACGGUAAGACAUAGGGAAAUUACACUUAACAAGCUCACAUUAUUAUAUCUAUUUAUUUUAGUUCAGUUAUUGUUUAUACUACUCUGUAUGGUGUUAAUCUGAAAGAACCUAAUAAACAAAGGCUGGUUAUAUUCUGUUCCUACAUAUGAGCCAUAUGCAAUUUGUUUAGGAUAGACAUAGGAUUAUGAAAUUCUCAGACAAUUCAGAGUGAGUUGUUUUCAAAGUUCAUGUCACAAGAUGAAAAUGUCAAAUUUGUAAUGAACGAACAAACUAUUUUGAACUUUCUCCAUCGUUACGGUCAGCGCCACCGAAUAUCUAGUUUCUCAUGUGAAAUGCGCGCCAACUUUCAAACGGGUACCAGGACAUAUGCUUUUUGUUUGUAAACAAAAAUAUCGAAUAUGAAAAACUGAUGUUCAACAAAUUCAAAAGUAAAUUCAUGACAAAGUUUCUUUUAAACCAAUGAUGACGAUGACAAAAUUGUCACGAUUCCUCACUGAGGUGGGUGAGGCUUGCCGACUCUGGAGUACAAACGGUGGCAAAGCCUCACUAAAAGCGAACGAAGAAGGCAUGACAGGUCAACCAGUGAGGCGUUCUCGAGCUGCCAUUAAUUCGUUGCAGCAAAAAUCGUCAAUGAUAUCUGUACCGAAAGCGCCGAAGAAACCGCCAAAUGCAUACAUCGCCUUCGCAGCAGCGGCACGGGAAGGGAUUAUACUGAAAAAUCCCGGUAUUUCAUUUACUGAUGUUGCGAAACGUCUGGGCGCGGAGUGGAAAGGUCUCAACACACGGCAACGAGAGGUGUAUAUGCAGGAGGCGAAAGAAGCGGCUAAGAAGUAUGUAAGUGCGAGUGAAGCCUACCGCUCGAGUCUUACUCCAGAGCAAAUUGAAGCCAAAACAAAGCUAGAAAUCGAAGAGAAACUGAGACAGUCUAAGAGGAAAUUGGCUGUAUUAGAGAAACAGCUAAAAAAACCCAGCAAGCCCGGCAAUGUAUUUGCGUUCUUCAUGAAAGAAAGCUUUAGUGGACAAAUGAACGAUAAGGAAAACCUACGAGCCGUGGCUGAUCGGUGGAAAAACAUAUCUGAUGAUAAGAAACAAGUGUACAUUGAUAAAGCCAAAGAAGCACUAAUGAGGUAUAACCAUGAGCUGGAACUUUGGACGAAUAAGAUGGAAGAAUCUAAGAAAUACUCGGAAAAGCUGUCCGUUCUUCAGGGUACCAUUUCAGAACUCAAAGACCAGCUCCGCAACUUUAACAUUACGAAUUUACUGGCUGCUCGUCUGCUAGCCACUAGCCGCCAACAAAGAUCUUUGACGAGCGCCCUCAAAGCACCAAAAAGGCCACAAAAUGCCUUUAUGCUCUUCGCAGCGGAAUUGAGGUCAAAAGUUAUAGCGGAGAAUCCUGGAAUAAAAGUCGUUGACAUAAUGAAACAUAUUGGCUCGGAGUGGAAUAGUCUCCCUGAGCAGCAUCGCGAGCGAUAUUAUCAACGGGCAAAGGAUGCAGCUGUCCAAUACUCAAAUUUGCGCGAGAGCUUCCUUUCGAGUCUGACUCCAGAACAGCUUCGAGAGCAUAAAAACAUGUCCGUCGAAAAAAAGCUGAGGCAGUCCAAGAAGAAGCUUUCCGCGUUAGAAAAACAGCUCGAAAAACCACUUCCUCCACCUAAUGCUUAUAGACUUUUUGUUCGGGAUAUGAUGCAGAAUUCAGACAGUGAUAGCACUGUGAUUUCCAAUGUCGCACCUCAAUGGAAGCUGAUGUCAAAUGAAAAAAAACAAGUUUACGUAAGUCGGGCUAAUAAGGAAAAGGAAGCGUACCAGAAGAACUUAGAGGCAUGGACCAAGCGUAUACAGAAAUCGGCGCAUGUAGAACAACUUGAUGUCCUUAAGGAUUCGAUUGAGCAACUCAAAGAGAAGUUACGGUUAUCCAAAUAACAAUGGGAGGCGGAGCUCUGCCAGG